GAACUCUAAGGACAACCAAAUUGCUCCUUUCUCUAUUAUCUCGGCCGGCCUGCAAAUCAUUUUCUUUUUUUGUCUUCGCUCUUUCCACUAUACAAUGCCGAUGAUCAACGCUUUUUCCUCACUCUCUUCUUCUCCUCCUUGUCCAUGGCUUCCAUCUCCCUCUCCCUCUCUACGUUUUUCAUUUUCCUUUCUGCUUUCCUCUUCGCCGGAGCCGAUUCCUCCACUCUCGGCGUCCGUUAUGUUUCGCGCCUCCUCGAAAUUCACGACCGGGAAAGGGCUCCGGCUUCGCUCCAAUUAUCCGCCGCGUACACCGUCCUCAACCGUCUCAUUCCUUCGCACUCUUCCAGCUUUCAAUUCCUCAUCAUCGCUAAGGAGCAAUGUGAUGGAGAUGCUUGCUUCAGGAUAAACAAUCAUCCUUCUCAGAAUAACACUGGUUCUUCAGAAAUUCUAAUAAGUGGAACCACGGCAGUAGAGCUUUUAUCUGGUCUGCAUUGGUACUUGAAAUAUUGGUGUGGAGCACAUAUAUCAUGGAGUAAAACAGGAGGAGUCCAAUUCACUUCAGUUCCUAAGUCUGGAUCUCUCCCCCAUGUUCAAGAUGCUGGAAUAAUAGUAAAGAGACCUAUUCCAUGGAGCUAUUACCAGAAUGCUGUCUCAUCAAGCUAUUCAUUUGCAUGGUGGGACUGGGAAAGAUGGGAGAAAGAAAUAGACUGGAUGGCUCUCCAGGGAAUCAAUAUGCCCCUAGCGUUCACUGGACAAGAAGCAAUAUGGCAAAAAGUGUUCAUGAGCUUCAACAUUAGUGCUUCAGAUCUGAAUGAUUUCUUUGGAGGCCCUGCAUUUCUUGCAUGGUCACGUAUGGGCAAUCUACAUGGAUGGGGCGGUCCACUGCCACAAAGCUGGCUAGAUCAGCAACUUGUUAUGCAGAAGAAAAUUCUUGCAAGAAUGUAUGAACUUGGGAUGACUCCAGUUCUGCCUGCCUUUUCUGGAAAUGUACCUGCAGCGCUGACACAAGUAUUCCCAUCUGCAAAAAUUACACAUUUAGACAAUUGGUUUACUGUUCAUGGUGACUCAAGAUGGUGUUGCACUUAUCUUCUUGAUGCUACUGAUCCUUUGUUUGUUGAAAUUGGAAAAGCAUUUGUUAGAGAGCAACUAAAAGAGUAUGGAAGGAGCAGCCACAUAUACAACUGUGAUACCUUUGAUGAGAACACACCGCCUACCGAUGAUCCAGAGUACAUCUCUUCAUUAGGUGCUGCUAUUUUUAAAGGAAUGCAAAGUGGUGAUGAUAAUGCUGUUUGGCUAAUGCAGGGAUGGUUGUUUACAUAUGACCCGUUUUGGAAGCCCCCACAAAUGAAGGCACUUCUACACUCCGUUCCUCUUGGAAGAUUAGUUGUCCUCGACCUAUAUGCUGAAGUGAUUCCUAUAUGGUCUACUUCACAGCAGUUCUAUGGUGUUCCAUACAUCUGGUGUAUGCUGCACAAUUUUGCUGGUAAUAUAGAAAUGUAUGGAGUUUUAGAUGCAGUUGGAUCUGGACCUGUUGAAGCUCGUACAAGUUCCAACUCAACCAUGGUUGGUGUUGGGAUGUCAAUGGAAGGCAUUGAACAGAAUCCAAUUGUGUAUGAUCUCAUGUCUGAAAUGGCAUUUCAACAUGAUACAGUUGAUGUGAAGGCUUGGGUUGAUCUGUAUUCCAGAAGAAGGUACGGAAAAUUUGUUCAAUCAAUGCAGGACUCCUGGAAUAUAUUGUAUCAUACCAUCUAUAAUUGCACAGAUGGUGCUAAUGACAAAAAUAGAGAUGUAAUUGUUGCAUUUCCAGAUGUUGCUCCACACUCAAUUUCAGUACUGUCAAGGCUAUUGACUAAGACACAAAAACAUUAUGAUGCACAUCCAUCUAUGAGAUCCAUUCUUGAGGAUGCAAGUGAUUCCUAUGAUCACCCUCAUCUCUGGUAUUCAACUUCUGAAGUAAUACCAGCACUCAAACUUUUCAUUUCAAGUGGAGAUGAACUAUCCAAUAGUGAUACUUACAGGUAUGACCUUGUUGAUCUGACAAGACAAGUUUUGGCAAAAUAUGCAAACCAACUAUUCUUAGAUGUUAUAGAAGCAUACAAAUUUGGUGAUCUUGGUGCUGUUGCUACUCUUAGCCAAAAGUUUCUCACUCUUGUAGAAGAUAUGGACACACUUUUAGCUUGUCAUGAUGGAUUUCUUCUGGGACCAUAUCUACAGAGUGCAAAGGAACUCGCGCGAGAUGAAGAUCAGAAAAUACAGUACGAAUGGAAUGCAAGAACUCUGAUUACGAUGUGGUUUGACAACACGGAGGAUGAAGCUAGUUUGCUUCGUGACUAUGGUAACAAGUAUUGGAGUGGACUCCUACGCGAUUACUAUGGCCCUCGUGCAGCAAUCUAUUUCAAGUAUUUGACAGAAAGCUUAGAGAAAGGCGAAGGUUUUCGUCUGAGAGAUUGGAGAAGGGAAUGGAUCAAACUUACAAACGAUUGGCAGAGUAGUAGGAAGGUUUUCCCAGUCAAAAGUACAGGGGAUGCCCUUAAAACAUCAAAGCGGCUAUAUGAGAAGUACUUGCUUGAUGGUGAGCCGUUUUAUCCCUUAACUGGAAAGGGCAAGUGAUAUUCGUGUUGGUUUCUCUUCUCUCUUUACAGAACCAACAAGAUAAUGCUGGGUCAUGAUGAAUAAAGGGUGUUCUUCUUGACUCUUUGAUACCAUCCAUGCAUCCAUUAUCCAUUUACAAAUAAUGUUUUAAAAUAAAUAAGGUUUAUUUUACUUUUGGUCCGUUGGCUUUAUUAGGAGUUCAACUUUUUAUUCUUGACUUUGAUUUGUUAUAUUUUUUUUGUUCUCAACAUAUAUGACAAUCUCGCGAGUGGCCGUGCACUCUCGUUCCUUUAAAAGAGGUUGAGAGUUCGAACUUCCUCUUGUAUGGAAAAA